CAAGUCCUCUCUUCUCUUAUUACUGCUUGAUGAGGACCUGACAACAUGGCUCCAACACUGUCUGAGGAUGGCGCAAAGCCCGGGGACCUGAUCGAGAUCUUCCGCGGACAAUAUCAGCACUGGGCUGUCUACAUUGGCGGGAAUGAAGUUGUUCAUUUGACGACUCCGAACACAGAUUGUGACUCAUGCUCUUCUGGGAACAUGUUGAUGGCCCUGGAAAGCUGCAUAGCCCAGGUGAAGCGUGACAAGAUCUGGGACGUGGUCUGCGACGACCGUUUCGAAAUCAACAACCUCCUCGAUGACAAGUACGAGCCUCGAGACCGCCACGUCAUCGUGAGAGAGGCCUGUAGGAUGGUGGACUUGGAAAUGAAGUACAGCGCCUUCACUUGGAACUGUGAGCACUUUGUCACCGUGCUACGAUACGGCAGGCCAGAGUCUCGACAGGUGAAAAAUGCAGUUGACGUUGGAGCAGCAGUGAUAGUAGGCGUCGGCAUCGUAGCUGUUGGUGCCACUCUGUUGGCCGCCUUCUUCAAUAAUGACGACAGCAAAAAGAAGCAGAAUAAACGUUACAGACGUCAUAAAUGAAAGCAGUGACGCAGGAAGAUUAAAGGAAAGAUCUCGCAAUCAUUUGAGUCAAUUUACCUGGAAAUUAUUUUGAUCUAAACUAUGUAAAUUAACUGUUGCACAUGUGCACUAAACUGAAAAAAAAGCUGAUGUGUAAGAAAAUUAAUUUCUAGGUAAAUCGCUGUCAUGAUGUUAUGCUUGAUAUUGAAGCUUUGAGUCACGUUCACUUUAUUGCGGUUGUUUAAUGUCUAAAAUGUACAUAUUGUAAUUAUUUUGCCUUAUAAGACAAUCUUUUCUUCAUGUAAUGUAUUGUAUCAAGUUCUGUACAAAAAUGUCAUUCCAGGAAAAGAAAACUGCAGAGGCACAGUCUGCUGCAUA